AUCCGGAGAUGAUCUUAUUCUCCUGUUUGGUACCACCAACUAACGGUGCCCGUCAACUUCUGCUCGCCUCCGUCUCUGUUUUGUAUUUCGCACGCAAAGCAUCAGCGAGACAAAAAUGAAAAAUGAAGUUGCUGAGUUUGUUAGAGGAACAGAGAGAAGAAGAAGCAAAACAGAGAGAGAAGGUCAUGCAGAAAGAGCUCCAUCGAGCCGCCGUGCGGGGCUCCGUCGACGUCCUCCUCGAACUCCUCACAGAAGACCCUCAAAUCCUCAGUAAGCCCGCCCCAUCUCUCUCCGACACCCCCUUACACGUCGCCUCGCUUCUGGGUCACUCUGCUUUCGCCAAAGAGUUACUGAGUCGGAAUCCCGAACUCGCCGCCCAGUUAGAUUCCCGCGGCUCUUCGCCUCUUCACCUGGCGGCGGCAAAAGGGUCGGUGGAGAUAGUGAAACGUCUGGUGCUGGUCAACCCAGAUCUGGUUUUGGUCUGGGAUCGCGAUGGGUUCACACCCCUGCAUCUGGGUGUGAUCAAGGGGCGAGCUGCGGUGGUGGCUGAGUUGGCCCGAGUCAUACCGGCGGCGACUCGGGGUUUGACUCAGGGAGGCGAGAGUGGGCUGCACUUGUGUGUGAAGCAUCACAGGCUGGAGGUGUUGAAGGUUUUGGUGGAUUGUAUUGGGAGAGGUGAUGAGUUUGUGAAUUGGAGGGAUGGCGAUGGCAACACAGUCUUACAUGUUGCUGUGGCCAAGAAACAAUUAGAGGUUAUAAAAUAUUUGCUGACUAAUACAAAGAUAGAUGUAAAGGCCCAGAAUGCGAAUGGUUUCACUGCAUUGGACGUCUUAUCUCAUAGCACUAGAGAUUUAAGAGACUUGGAAAUCAAACAGUGCCUUCAGAAAGCUGCAGCUCCAGGAAUCAACAAGUCACGAUCCGUUGCGUACGAGCCGGAAAUGGAUUCAGUUCGAGUAUCCAACUCGAUCUCAAUGCAGCCGCUAAUGUCGAAGAGAAUGAGUAUAAAGGAAAUAGUUAAGAAGAAGGACAUUGAUUGGUUGGGAAGGAAACGAAGCUCGUUAAUGGUUGUGACUUCCCUAAUUGCGACAGUGGCAUUUCAAGCUGCAUUAUCCCCGCCAGGCGGUGUAUGGCAGGAUGACUAUUUCGAAUACUCCAAUGGCACCGCUGUGGAGCGUCCGCACACAGCGGGGCAGUCAGUGAUGGCAAAUACAGAGCCCCGUAAUUAUGGACAGUUCAUGAUCUUCAACACCAUUGCUUUCCUUGCAUCAUUGAGCAUAAUUCUACUGCUGGUGAGCGGAUUGCCUAUGAGGCGGAAGAGAUUGAUGUGGCUUCAGAUGGUGAUCAUGUGGAUUGCAAUAACGGCACUAACGGGUACUUAUUUUAUCGGAUUAAUCAUCAUGACACCGAAUAAGAGAAGGGGUAGCUAUCUGUAUCAUGUGACACAAGUUUCUGUGCUGAUAUGGCUGGCGUUGAUGGGGAUCGUGUUUAUUGGUAACGUGAUUCGGGUAAUCAUAUGGCUUCUUAGAAAGUAUGGAUACAUGGAGCAGAAAGAAACAGAUGAUUCACUCUACGUAGACGACGAAGACAAUGACGAAAUUUGAAGACGAAGAUUGUACUGAUAAAUUUUGAGUUGCUGCUCUUCUGGUUGCAAUGGGAUGUUCUUGUUUCGUUUUGCUUUGCAGCCUCUAGAACUCUUGCAUGUUCUCUGUAAUUCCUUAAUCACUCUAUAAAUACAUCGAUCUGAUCCUCCA